CUGUCAAUAGUGACUGCGAAGAUGAUGGCGACAGCACAUCCACCCCCAUCGUCCUGAGCCUCCUUACCAGGGGUGCACACUUAGGAGCAGCCGUUUACGAAGAGGCCACAGGCAAACUCCUCCUUCUUGAAGAUUCGAUGCUCAAGGGCGCGCAUCUUGGCUUGCAACAGGAUCUCAUCGAUCGAACGCUCACGCCCGCCAUGGACGAGGGAGAACGGGCUCUCUCACCUCCUCUCAAGCUCCAUGAUGAUGGCUCUGAGCCCAGGCUGGGAGACUUGGCAACGAUGCUCCUCGAACAAUUCACGCCAGACACCAUCCUCCUGGGCUCGCAAUGCAGCGAUGCUGUGAAGAAGACGGUUCAGAAGCACAUCUCUACUAUCGGUGGCCGCCUCUAUAUUCGUCCUUCCAAGGAGUUCGACACCGCCACGGGCAAGAUGAGGCUUGGCCCUCGACUCAAGGGUUGCCCAGAUACGCCGCUCUCUCUCGCUGCCGCUGCGGCGCUUCUCGACAACCUGGUUCGUCUCUCCUCCAUUCGUAGUAACACCUCCGAUGACGGCGAUGGCCUCGACACCGGCGAAGAUGUCUCUUACGCCAAGAUCCGUACCGUCGACACCAUUUGUCUGGACGGCUGCAUGACAUUGAGUGCGGAGACGAGGGAAGCCCUUGCCAUCUCUCACCCUUCAUCCUCCUCAAGUGGCUAUGGCAACAAAGAGAGCCAAAGAGGCCUCACCCUCUUUGCAUUCCUCAAUAAUACGCGCACUCUUCUAUCCCCUGGCCUCAUGCGUCGCUGGUUCCUCUUUCCUUCGACAGACCUCAGCGUCCUCGCCGACCGGCAUAACGCCAUCGAAUGCUUCACGACUCCGUCCAACGAGGCCAUUGUCGAGUCUAUCAUCGAGCAGCUCAAAGGCAUCAAGAAUGUACCCAAGCUCGUCGACUCACUUCUUGCAGGGCACGCCUCGCUUAUCGCGUGGAAGAGCAUCGUUUCCUUCUGCUUGCGGGCGUUACACAUUCGAGAGCUGGCCAGUCAACUUGGCCCCAAUGGAGAUGGGGCUUAUCCGCAGCACAAGGUGGCCAUCGUGCAGCGCUGCCUGGCAGAAUUUGACGCUGCGACGUUGCAAGGUAUCGCCGAGUCCAUCGAGGCUACAAUUGAUUGGGAACAAAGUGCCAUUGAAGGGCGUGCGUGCGUGCAGGCGGGCAUCAACGACCAGCUCGAUGAAUGGAGAGAGAUCUACGCCGGCCUACCGAACCUUCUCAUCACCGUGGCCAAAAAGCUUCAAGAGAAGUACACCUUCGCUCAGUCGGGGCUUAUCAAUGUCGCCUACUUUCCGCAGCUAGGCUACCUCGCCGCCCUCCGCUUCACGGACACACUCAAGCUCCCCGAAUCAUUCGACGUCCCCGCCGGCUGGGCCUUUCAUUUCGCCUCGGAAAUCAGCGCCUACUACAAGUGUCCGGAGAUGAUUGAUCUCGACUCUCACCUCGGAGACGUCCACUCCUUCAUUGCCGAUCGAGAGAUUGAGGUCAUUCAUGAGCUCACGGAGAGCAUAGCAACAGGUGGAGCAGGACUGCUUGUGAAGGUGGCCGAGCUCUGCGCUGAGAUUGACUGUCUGCUCGCUUUUGCGAGGGCGGCUACAUUGUAUAACUACACGAGGCCGAGGAUGACGGAUGACGGGGUUUUCGACGUAAAGGGCGGGAGACAUCCGCUGCAGGAGCUUUGCGUUGACUCGUUCCAGGCGAAUGACACGAGGCUACGCGCGGCAGGAGGUGGUGAUGGUGCGCCGAGCAUGCAAAUUUUGACGGGGGCGAAUGGCUGCGGCAAGUCAGUGUACCUCAAACAGGUGGGGCUCAUCGCUUUUAUGGCGCAGAUCGGCUGCUAUGUACCCGCGGAGGCAGCCACCAUUGGCGUUGUUGAUCAGAUCCUCACCCGCAUUCACGCUCGCGAGACAAUUGCAAGGCGACAGAGCAGCUUCCUCACCGACGUCUCGCAGGUCUCGCAUGCUCUGCGCAGCGCCACGGCCCGCUCUCUGGUACUGCUCGACGAGUUCGGCAAGGGUACGAAGGCCACGGAUGGGGCUGCUCUCUUCGCUGCUACGGUCAGACAGCUACUUCUACCGUCGAUGAAUCAUGGAGCAAGACCGGGCAAACCGAGAUGCGUGGCGACAACACAUUUUCAGAAGUCUUCGACGAAGCCAUCCUACCUCGAAGGUUGGGCUACGAGCCCUGUUCAAUGGAGAUCGCUAUUCACACCCCAGCUCAAUCAAAGCAGGCUUCGCCCGGAGUCACGCCUGUGGCUAUGCCAGGCCCUGCGGCAGCAAGACCUCGCAAUGCGACCGGCUCCUCGCGUGGCUCUACGACAUCUUCCGCGUCCGGCCGACUCACCACCACAACCACCAGCCAGCCACAAUCCCCACUUGUCUUCCUCUUUCGGCUGCAACCUGGAGCAGCCUCACCAGACUCGCACGCACUGUACUGUGCAGCUCUCAGCGGCGUGCCAGAGGAACCUGUGCUACGUCGCGCCCGCUACGUGACCCGAGUCGCCGUGAUAGAAAGAGAUGUGGCCAAGCUGCAGUUUGAAGCGCUUGUCGCACCCACUCAUAAGGUCGACGAGGCUGCGAUGAGCCCUGAGCAGAAGGCGAAAAGGGCUGAGGCGAUUCUGAGGCGAUUUGUUGAGUGGGAUCUGAACGGGGAGAAGGUGAAACAGGGCAAGAAGCGCCGAGAUGACGG